AUGAUUUUUCCACGUUUGGAUUACGCAGCAGAUCCAUCUGUGCAGACCCGUCUUGCUAAGGAUGUUCACGGUGAGACAUGGAAGUUUAGGCACAUCUAUGGAGGGACACCGAGAAGGCAUCUUUUGACAACUGGAUGGAGCACAUUUGUAAAUCAUAAGAAGCUCGUUGCUGGCGAUUCUAUUGUAUUUUUGAGGGCGGAGAAUGGAGAUCUUUGCGUUGGUGUUGGAAGAGCUAAGAGGGGGAUUGGUGGUGGGCCUGAAUCUUUGUGGAAUCCGGCUGGUGGGAAUUCUGCUUUGCCUUAUGAGGGUUUAAAUGGUGCAGCAGCUGUUCGUGAGGAGAGACAAAGCAAUUCAUGCCGAGAUGCAAUCAAUUAG